UUCUGUGAUAUGCCAUCGAUGAUUUGGCGUCAUUUUGUGUUUUACAUCUUGUGUUUUUAAUGUAACUUAUAGAGAAGAGAAUUAUCAAGAAAUAAAUACAAAUAUGAAGAAAGAAAAAACGGGUGAUAACAGUCGACCCUUUAAAUUAGCUCAUCAAAUAUUAAGCUUAACGGGAAUAAGCUUUCAAAGAAAAAGCAUAAUUGGCUUUGUCGAAUUGACAAUUAUUCCUUUGCGAGACACGCUGAGGUUGAUAAAACUUAACGCCAAACAAUGUAGGAUAUAUAGAGUGUGUUUAAAUGAUACCUAUGAAGCCCCUUUCCAAUAUUUUGAUCCAUUUCUGGAUAUCUGUCAAGGGGAUAAUAAACAACGGUCCCUGGAAUUUUUUUCAACCAUGCAUUUAGCGGCGGCACAGAAAGUUGAUCCUGAUAAUAAUUCUGGUGAAUUAGUAGUUCAGAUACCACCAGAUGCAGCACAUCUGGUUGCAGAAAACCGAGGAUUACGAAUUAGUAUCGAAUUUUCUUUAGAGCAACCACAAGGAGGUGUGCAUUUUGUGGUUCCAAACUGUGAAGGAACUCUAGCUGAGAGAGGUGCUCAUAUGUAUACAUACAGUUAUGAAAAUUCAUCUAGAUUAUGGUUCCCAUGUGUAGAUAGUUUUGCUGAACCAUGUACUUGGAAAUUGGAAUUUACUGUUGACGAUUCAAUGACUGCAGUAUCCUGUGGAGAUUUGGUUGAGGUGGUCUAUACACCUGACAUGCGUAGAAAAACAUUUCAUUACGUGCUCAACACUCCUGCAUGUGCUCCGAACAUUGCUUUGGCAGUCGGACCUUUUGAAAUCUUUGUGGAUCCUUAUAUGCACGAAGUAACUCACUUCUGCCUUCCUCAACUUUUAUCAUCUUUAAAAGUAUCUGCAAAAUACAUGCACGAAGCAUUCGAAUUUUAUGAAGAAACUUUAUCAAAUCGAUAUCCAUACUCCUGUUACAAGCAAGUGUUUGUCGAUGAGAUAGAUGAAGACAUCAAUGCCUAUGCUACUAUGAGUAUUUUAAAUACGAAUUUGUUACAUUCUACUGCAAUUAUAGAUCAAGUAUAUAUUACUAAGAAAGCAAUGGCACAAGCAAUCGCAGAACAAUUUUUUGGAUGUUUCAUAUCUAUGCAAAAUUGGUCAGACACAUGGCUACCUAAGGGUAUCUCUACAUAUUUAACAGGACUAUAUGCUAAAAAAUGCUUUGGGAAUAAUGAAUACAGAGAAUGGAUUCAAUCUGAAUUACAAGAAGUUGUAAAAUAUGAGGAACAGUUUGGUGGUAUAAUAUUAGAUCCAUCUCAAGCACCAGCACCAUUACCCAUUGCGGCUAAUACUCCAGCGCCUGCUCCUCGUGCUCCUGAUCCUGGAUUUUAUUUUCCAAUUAAAAAUUUGCAUACCAUGUCCCCAAAAUACAUCGAAGUGCUUCGAAAGAAAGCACAUUUAAUCAUGAGAAUGCUAGAACAUAGAAUUGGUCAAGAAUUAUUACUUCAAGUGUUUAAUAAACAAUUGUCUCUAGCAGCUAAUGCCGCACAACAAAAAAUUGAAUCUGGCUUAUGGUCGCACAUGUUAAUUAGUACAAAUGUAUUUGCCAAAGCAAUUUUUACUGUAACAGGGAAAGAUAUGUCAGUAUUCAUAGAUCAAUGGGUGAGAACGGGAGGGCAUGCAAAAUUCAGUCUAAGUUUUAUAUUUAAUAGAAAAAGAAAUACAGUGGAGUUAGAAAUUAGACAAGAUACUACACAUCAAAGAGGGAUUAGAAAAUAUGUGGGUCCAUUAGUGGUUAAUAUUCAAGAAUUGGAUGGUACUUUUAAACACACAUUACAAAUUGAGGGUACAAUGGCUAGAGCGGAUAUCACAUGCCACAGUAAAAGUCGUAGAAACAAGAAAAAGAAAAUUCCAUUAUGUACUGGCGAAGAAGUUGAUAUGGAUCUCUCUGCUAUGGAUGAUUCUCCAGUAUUAUGGAUCAGGCUUGAUCCUGAAAUGACUAUUAUGCGCGCUGUACAAAUUGAACAACCUGAUUAUCAGUGGCAAUAUCAAUUGAGACAUGAGAGAGAUGUUACUGCACAAUUAGAAGCAAUUGAAGCUUUACAGCAUCAUCCAACACCACCCACACGAUUAGCCUUGACUGAUACAAUUGAAAAUGAACAUUGUUAUUAUAAAGUCAGACUUCGCGCUGCUCAUUGUUUGACAAAGGUAGGAAACGCUAUGGUAGCAACAUGGUCAGGCCCGCCAGCAAUGUUGGCCAUAUUUAGAAAAUUAUUUGGAUCUGCAUCAUGCCGGCGAAUUAUUAAACAAAACAAUUUCUCAAAUUUUCAACAUUAUUUUCUACAAAAGACUAUACCAGUUGCAAUGGCAGGAUUACGCAAUGCUCAUGGUAUUUGUCCACAAGAAGUAUUAGCUUUCUUAAUGGAUCUUUUUAAAUAUAACGAUAAUAGUAAAAACAGAUAUUCCGACAAUUAUUACAGAGCUGCGCUAAUAGAAGCUCUAGGCGCAACUGUUACACCAGUCAUCAGUGUACAACAAGGAACGGCUAUUACAGCAGAGUCUUUAUCAAUUGACACAAAGGCUAUUCUAGAAGAAGUAACAAGAAACUUAAACCUAGAGAAAUUAUUACCUUGCUACAAAUACACCGUCAGUGUAGCUUGUCUCAAAGUUAUACGCAUCCUUCAAAAAUUUGGCCAUCUUCCAAGCAAUCCUCAUCUCUUUAGAGCAUAUGCAGCAUAUGGACAGUUUAUAGAUGUUAGAAUUGCAGCUUUAGAAGCGUUGGUUGAUUUUACUCGCGUAGACGGCAAAUGGGAAGAUCUGGAAUUUUUAUUAGAUAUGGCAGAAAUGGACCCGCAUCCUGGUGUACGCCAUAGGCUCGUACGAUUAAUGGUGGAAAAUCCACCGUUCGAAAGAGCUCAUAAACACCGCCUAGAUAAACCGGAUUUAGUUGAUCGUAUAUGGAAUUUGAUAAAUGGCAUGUUAUCACACGAUGCAAAAUUACGUUGCGAUUUGGUGGAUUUAUACUACACUUUAUAUGGUACAAAAGUUCCAUUUUGCCUUCCCAUCCCCGAAAUUGUGGCGAUCACAAAACCUAAAAAAGCUGGUCCGCCAACUCCGGAACGCGAAGUGAAAGCUGCACCCGUACAAUACGUAAAGCACGAAUCGAUCGAAGAAGUUGAAAGCCUACCUGUCUCAAAUAAGAGGAAAGCAUCUCCAAACAGGGAUCCUCCAGGUCCAUCAAAUCCAGGAGUGGAACAUGGACCGGAAUUAAAACGACAAAAACAGGAUGAACGAGGAAUUCCGGUACCUGCUGAAGGGAAAGUUAAAUCCGAAUAUUAUAGUGAUAAUUCCGCGUCAUUGCCUGGUAUUAUGGGCACUCCUCCAGGUCCGGUAGGUUUUGAACCUGGAAUGUUCAAAAAGGAAUCAGAAGAACAUAAACCGAAAAGUGAUUCCAGUAAUAAGAGCAAAAAGAAAAAGAAGGAUAAGAAAAAACAUAAGCAUAAACAUAAGCAUAAACAUGAUCACAAACACAAUAAAGAUAAGGAAAAAAAGGAAAAGGAUAAGAAUAAGGAUAAGGAGAAGGAUAAGGAUAAGGAAAAGGAAAAGGGCAAGGAUAAAGAUUCGUCCGCCUUAAAAAUUAAGGAUGAGACUCUCAGCUCUGCAAGUUCUAGUCAAAGCCCAGAACCAACUGCUACCAACGAAUUCCUUUUCCCUUAGAAAUAUUUGUUAUCGAUGUGUGUAUAUACAUUUUAACUUUUUCUUACAAACGCUAUUUAUAUUUUAUACGACUUUUAUACGAUUUGAUUAGUCGAAAAGUGUACAAACGUCCGCAAUUUAUAUAUGACAUAUAUAUAUUUGUAAAUAGACUAUAAUAAUAUAUAGUAAUAAUUAUAGC